CAAAAUUAUAACUCUCCGUCCCCUUCUUCUUCCUCCUUGUUUCCAUCCGAGGACAUCUCCCUCUCCGUUACUUCCCAUCCUACCAAACGAUACCGGUUCCAGCAAGAGUGACCAUAAACUACUUCCUCAAUCACACAAACUCCACUCAAAACUUUCCCCCACUUUCUCUGCAAAUUUUCCCACCUCCCAAACACCCAAAUGAUUUCCAAUCCCUCUUCCCCCAAAUCCCUCCUCAUCCCCUCCCAAAAAACCCUAACUUUCCUCUCCAUUCCAGUCUCCUAGGUCGUCCUUAUCCCCUCCCAAAAAUCCCAAUAAAAUAAAAAAUGCUCACCAAAAUCAUAAAACGCAGCCACCGCAAAUCCCCAAAACCCGAUUCCACCGAUCCCGAGUUCGACCCCGAGUCACGACUCGUCAUUCUCUCCCCUCUCAUGGAAACCCUCCCUCUCCUCCUCGACGCCGCCGUCUCGGACCGCCCGGCCCUCCUCCUCAAAAAGCUCCAGCUCUGUUCUUUCUACUGCGACUUCUCCAGCUCCCUCAAAUCUGCUGGGGAGAAGGAGCUCAAGCGCCAAACCCUAAUGGAGCUCGUCGACUUCAUCCACUCCGGUUCGCUCAAGCUCACCGGUCCAAUGCAAGAGGAGCUCAUCCGCAUGGUGUCAAUCAACAUCUUCCGGUGCCUGCCGCCGUCAUCGGACGUAAUCGAACCGGACGAGGAGGAACCUUAUCAGGAACCCUCGUGGCCCCACCUCCAAAUUGUCUAUGAACUUUUGUUAAGGUACAUUGCCUCCCCUGAAACCGAUGCUAAAGUUGCCAAGCGUUACAUUGAUCAUAUAUUUGUGCUGAGGUUAAUGGAGUUGUUCGAUUCGGAGGAUCCCCGGGAACGCGAGUAUUUGAAAACCCUUUUGCAUAGAAUUUAUGGGAAGUUCAUGGUUCUUAGACCCUUUAUUCGGAAGGCCAUGAACAAUGUGUUUUAUAGGUUUAUAUUCGAGACGCAGAGGCAUUGUGGGAUUGGUGAGUUUUUGGAGAUUCUAGGGAGUAUAAUAAAUGGAUUUGCUUUGCCCAUGAAAGAGGAGCAUAAGUUGUUCCUAGCGAGGGCACUUAUUCCGCUGCACAAACCCAAAUCCAUAUCGGCGUAUCAUUACCAGUUGGCCUAUUGUAUCAUACAGUUUGUAGACAAGGAUUCUAAGUUGGCCGAACCGGUGAUCAAGGGGUUAUUGAAGUAUUGGCCGGUCACCAAUUGUCAAAAGGAGGUUCUGUUUCUCGCAGAGUUGGAAGAUGUUUUGGAGGCUACGCAGGCCGUAGAGUUUCAAAGAUGUAUGCUUCCGCUUUUUGGACAGAUUGGACGCUGCCUUAAUAGCCCUCAUUUCCAGGUUGCCGAACGGGCUCUUUACUUGUGGAACAGUGAGCACAUUGUAACUUUAAUUUCUCAGAACCGGAAUGUGAUAUUACCAUUAGUCUUUGAAGCGUUAGAGAAGAAUACGCAAGGUCACUGGAACCAAGCGAUCCAUGGAUUGACAGGAAACGUCCGAAGGAUGUUCCAGGAAAUGGAUGCAGAAUUGUUUGAAGAGUGCCAACAGCAAUACUUAGAGAAAGAAACCAGAACUAGAGAGCAGGAAGAGCAGCGGCAAUUGACUUGGAAGAGAAUAGAAGCAGCGGCGGCAAAUGUGGGUGAAGAUAUGGUCUUGGUUAGUUAACUAAAUAUAGGACAGAAACAUUUCAAAUUUUCUACUUAGAUGGCAUUUUGCGAACUUGUUGCAAUGUUAGAAGUCCUACGAAGCCUACGAAUAAUUAGUAACGGAGGAAAAUAUAGAUACUGUAAAUGCUUGCAAAGAUUUUGCCAUUGUUUUCCUUUAUUCCCAAAAGGGAAAAACUAUGUGCAUACUCUGUUAAUUAUACUUCUUUUACUUUAGGCUGUGUUCAUUCUCGUCGUCAAAUUACUCGGUGAUAUCUUGUUCGUCGACGAGCUUAUAAAUGUACUUUGGUUCGAAUUUUAUGAACGAUUAUCGCAGUAGCUUUGCA